GGCACAGUUUCACUGCAGAUUUCUCAAGUGCAUAAAUUGUGUUUCACAUUAUCAACAUGGUUUGUCACAUCUCUGGUAGCUUUUUGAGGUUGCAAGCAUUAUUGUUGUUGAGCAUAAUUUUUUAAUUCAAGUCCUUGAAUUUGUUUGUGAUAUGAUGACUUUUCAUUAUUUGUUGUAUGAUGGAAACAUGUUAUCCAGCAUGUUAUUCAUCGCUUAAUGUGGGAGCGAUAAAGCCUUUCUUACGCCCCUGUGCAUGUGCACAUAGCCACACACUCACAGCCUGUACCUCAGCUUCAAGGUGCUUUCAGUCCGGUCUCUACCGGGAACCUGACAGACUGGUGUGGUGGAAGCAUGGCUGCUCACGCAGUAGAACAGGACCUAGGAAGAGCAUUGCAGCUAUUGCAGUAAACGGGCACGAUUUACUGCCGGCCACAGCUUGUGGAUGCUAUUUCUACACAUUACCAACAUAUUUUUGUUGUGUACCUGUAACUAUGAUGGAUGUGCACACUGCUGGUUCUUCUGUGUCACAUUUUCCCCCACAGAUGAUGCAGAACCUGCUGCUGGAAGAGGGUGGACUGGUGCAGGUGGAAAGUGUUAACCUCAUGGUGGCCACAUACUCCAAAUUCCAGCCCCAGAGUCCAGAUUUCCUGGACAUCACCAACCCCAAAGCAGUAUUGGAAAAUGCAUUAAGAAACUUUGCAUGCCUGACCACUGGGGAUGUUAUUGCAAUAAACUACAAUGAAAAGAUCUAUGAACUGCGGGUUAUGGAGACCAAGCCAGAUAAGGCAGUAUCCAUCAUUGAGUGUGAUAUGAAUGUGGAUUUUGAUGCACCGCUGGGUUAUAAAGAGCCAGAACGCCGCUCCCAGCAUCCUGAAGAGCCUUCAGAGGAAGAGGGUGACCCCAGCAGUUAUGCCGAAAUGGACCUUGGAUUCCGUGCAUUCACUGGCUCGGGAAAUCGUCUGGAUGGCAAGAAGAAAGGCAUUGAGCCCAGUCCCGCUCCCCUCGAUCCCAGUGACAUCAGAAGGGGGAUUCCCAACUAUGAAUACAAAAUCGGGCGGAUUUCCUUCAUCAGGAAUUCACGACCUCAGCCCAAGAAGACUGAUGAUGAGGACACCAUGAGCCGUUUCAUCGCUUUCUCUGGGGAGGGACAGUCUCUACGCAAGAAAGGAAGGAAACCGUAGAGAAGCUACGGACACAACUGUGCACAGGCUGACCAGAGACUGCAACUGCAAUCGCUACAUGGAAUAACAAAGAAAUUCCUCAUGUAAUCUCAGAACCCUAAAACAAAAUACGUUUUCUUUCUCACCUAACGGAUUAAUUUUCAUUUUCAUUUUUUGUUAAUACAACUCUAUAUCCUUCAGAACAGUGCAGUUCUUCUUUGAGAAUAUGACUGCAUUUUUAAAGGUUAGCAUUGGUCCGGUAAGUUUAUUAAAAUGUUUGAGAAAAGCUGUAUCCUUGAAGGAAGUGGAGCAGCCUUGGGAUUUAAAAAAAUAAUCUUUUUUUUUUUUGGUGUUAUUUAUCAAGUUUAUAUUCCAGAUCACCAAUUGCUGAAAACGAGGGGAAAAUGUACUAUUUGUAUAUGCACACAAUACAAUAAAUGAGUGUUUUGAAUAAAA